AAUAACCCCUGACAUGAAAGCCCACAGUGACACACAUAGGCAUACUGUAUACCACAGGAUUAGGCAGUACACAAAAAGAUUACAGUGUCACAUGGUAGCCCUUCCAAAUGGUGCCUUCCAACCUGCUUCCCCCUCUUAGCUAUCCCAUCGUUCACUCGGAAUGGGCGUAGGCUCACGCAGCAUCACAAAGGUUCAGCUCCUCCCUGCUGUGUGCUGGCUACACGAUAGGAGGGGAGAGAGAGAGAGAGAGACAGAGAGGAUCAGGGUCAGAUGAAUUCUAGUCUGAGUGACGGAAGCAGUGUGUGCAUAUGGGUGCAUGUGGGUGAGAGAGGACGAAUCAGGAAGUAGAGAGAGAGCUGAGUGUGUGUGUGAGUGUGAGUGUGUGUGUGUGUGAAAGAGAGUGUAAAUCCGAAGGACGAGGAAGAGGACAUAAAGAGAGGAAGGAAAAGGGCGGCAGAAGGAAACAGACAAGACAAGGGGACUCAGACUAGAAGAUGGCUGAGCUGGAGCUGAAAUUGAGAGGCAGUCGGGAGAGCGUUGCCAAGGAGAAGAUGGGGGCACCAGCAACUGGAGCAGGGCCAGAGCAAGAUGGUCUUAUUGUGGAGCAACCAGCAUCUCCAUCUGACCCCAUCGGCUCCGCUCCUGCUGCCACAACUCCCACUAACAGCCUGCCAGGCAAGGGGGAAAAGAUUGAGCUCAAACGUAGCAUCACCCUCUUCAAUGGUGUUGGAAUGAUUAUAGGCACCAUCAUCGGCUCGGGCAUUUUCGUCACUCCAACAGGUGUUGUUAAAGAGACCGGCUCUGCUGGACUCUCCCUGAUAGUUUGGGCUGCCUGUGGGGUGAUAUCCACCAUGGGGGCCCUGUGCUACGCAGAGCUGGGCACAACUAUCGCUAAGUCAGGAGGAGACUACACUUACAUCCUUGAGGUGUAUGGUGAACUGGCGGCCUUCCUGAAGCUGUGGGUGGAGAUGCUCAUCAUCCGACCGUCGUCGCAGUAUGUGGUAUCGCUGGUGUUUGCUACCUACCUUCUGAAACCCCUCUACCCCAACUGCAUUGUACCCGACAGCGCAGCCAAGCUCAUUGCCUGCCUGUGUCUUACCUCCCUGACAUUUGUAAACUGUAUCAGUGUGAAAGCAGCCACAAAGGUCCAGGACUUGUUCACAGCUUCCAAACUGGUAGCCUUGAUCAUCAUCAUCUUCUUCGGCUUCCUUCAGAUUUUCACUGGUGAUGUGCCAUAUCUGACACCAGAGAAGGCGUUUGAAGGCAGCAACCUGGGAGUUGGAAACAUUGUCUUGGCUCUCUACAGUGGUCUCUUCGCUUUUGGAGGCUGGAAUUACCUGAAUUAUGUAACGGAGGAGAUGAUCAAUCCAGAGAGGAACCUGCCCUUGUCCAUCAUCAUAUCCAUGCCUAUAGUGACGGUGGUGUACGUUCUAACCAACCUGGCUUACUUCACCACCAUCUCUCCUCAAGUCAUGGUUGAGUCCGAGGCUGUUGCUGUGAGUUUUGGAGAGUACCAUCUUGGAAUGAUGUCCUGGCUCAUUCCCGUCUUUGUGGGACUGUCCUGCUUUGGAGCAGUCAAUGGAUCUCUCUUCACUUCAGCACGCUUGUUCUAUGCUGGAGCUCGAGAGGGUCAGCUCCCUGCUGCUCUGGGAUUGGUCCACACAGACCUGUUCACACCGGUGCCAUCCCUCAUAUUCACAUGUUUCCUGUCGAUGAUGUAUGCCAUCUCCCAGGACAUCUUCUCUGUCAUCAAUCUCUUCAGCUUCUUCACCUGGAUGUGUGUUGGGAUGGCCAUUGCUGGCAUGGUCUGGCUGCGCUUUACCAAACCCGACCUCAGAAGGCCCAUUAAGAUUUCUCUCAUCAUCCCCAUCACUUUUGUGUUGAGCUGUGUCUUCAUGAUCAUCGUGUCCUUUUGGGCGGCUCCGUUUGAGUGUCUGGUGGGCAGCGGCAUUAUUCUCACAGGCGUCCCAGCGUACCUACUGGGCUACAAGUGGAAGAAACCCCGUGUGGUCAAGAAGAUGCUGGAAAUCUUCACGAUGUUCUGUCAGAAGAUCUUCAUGUCUGUUCCUGAAGAGAAGGAGCAACAUGAGGCGGCUGAGUAAUGCUGGACAAACUGAACAAGAUGAAAGACUGAGUCAACAUUUUUUUGUCUGGACAUUCCUGUAAUGUUUACAUUCAUUCACACGUGAUUGGACUUCUUCUUUAUCUAACCACGCAGGUAACUGUGAACAAAGUCACAUUUUCUAGAGUGGCCUGACAAAUGGAGGAUUUUUUUAAAUUCAUGCUCUUGUGUCCAAUGUAUGAAGGCAUAUUUUAUGAAUACUGCAACUUGUCUGCAAAGAAGGUCACCAGGUUUUAUCUAGACAUUUUACACUCUUUAUUAUAAAUUGAUCUUUGGAUUCCACUGUAUCCCCUUAAAUGAUUAAACAUGCUCUAAUGUUGCAUGUUAGUUAAUGGAAAAUAGUGCUUUGGCCACCUGUAUAACUGCUGCAGGCAUAUGAUUAGUUGUAUACUGCAAACACAAUCAGCAGCUGCACACAGAGUACUGUAGUGGCCUAUAACAUAGAGGUGUAUUUUUCACCUGAAGUAUACAAAUUAAUAGCUUAGAGAAAAAAGUAACAUGUUUUUACUUUCUGUACAUUUAAUACCACUAACACCAAACCAAAUAUAGUAUAUUAUAGUUUACAGUUUAUAUUUAUAGUUUAUAUUGUGUUAAAAGGAAGGACUUUCCUAUAGUUACUGUGAUCAGAUCACAUUUUUAGAGUUUAUAAAUAAGGUCAGGUUUGGAAGAGGAAAUGGUUAACUAGCACAGUCCUGAUUACAGUGUACUCAUAUGGUACUAAUGUUUGUGUAAAAUAGUUAUUCAUUCCCACAUUUUUUUGUAUUUAUUUGUCAGAUGAACUUGUAGUUGUAAAGCACAAGCUGAAGUGAGAUGAAACAGUGUCUGUAAUGUCUUCUCAAGCUGUGCUGUGAAGCAAGUCUGUUUCUUGUAUCAUUUCAUUCUGAUAUUAAACCUCAUCGGCUCCAUGUGUGACGAUACUUGAUGAAAUGACGGAUACCAGCAUCUCUGUUUGUGUGGCGCUGUCGUGAGACGAUGUAGAUCUGCAGAUAUUGCUGUAGUGCUUGUAACAAGGGUUAGUGUUUGUACUGAAUGUAUUUAAUGUCUGUGCCUGUUGUGCCAGUGCUGAUAUUCUAUUUUUAUGUUUCUUUUGUCACUGUAUGACCAAAAUGAAUGUUGCAACUUUAGAGAUGCUGGCUUUGCUUUUAAUUUUGUAGGAAAUGGACCUGGAGAUAUGUCUUUGAAUAUCUGAGGUUUUCCCAAAGUAUUUUCCCAGUCUACCUGAGAAGGGAGAAGUUUCUGAGGAAAGUUAAAGGUACAGUGUGUAAAAUCUCACUGCUAGAUGACAGUAGUUUGCAGUCAACUGAAUUCUAUUUUCUUACCCAACCUGAUUCAUAUGAACAAUAUUCAUAUGGUGGCCGCUAACACCUCUUGCCAACAUUCAUCGUAGUGAAUGUAGGCUUAGUCCAUUGUGACUGCAGUGAUAAUAUGCCGGGGUGUCCACGUCUUUUUACUCUGAAGGAGGCUGUAAAACCUUGUGAAAGGAGUUCAGUACCGGUCGAUGAAUCAGAGAAGCUCACUUCUGUUCGAUGACAGUAAUACUGAGGUGAGUUGUUGAGGAUGUCCUGAACUUUUCUGUUGGGAAACACUGCUGUUUUUGUCACUGUUAGCCUCUGUUAGCUGCUGUUAGCAAGUGUUAGUGAAACUUUCUUUGAUGUGGCUCUAACAUUGCUGGACUCGGACACUUGGUGAAUAAAGGCUCAUACGAUGUGCAAACUGUU